AUGGGUCGAGUGGUUAGUCUGAUUUAUGCCAGUUUUUUGGAGUGUCUUCGAGCUACUGUAUUUAUUGUAAGGUUUGCCAUUUUCUUUUGCAAUAUGUUCCGUUUACUUUUGAAUAUUGAAAUUGUCAAUUUUAAGUUUAUCGGGUCAUCAGUCACAGCUCAGGCAAUACUGCGAAGGAACUUGAGCGACAAUACUGUAGUGUGUGUUGGAUGGGGCGCUGCAUACCUACUUUCAUCGCUUGUACUCAUUGGAGUAUACGGUACUUAUUCUGUUUCUCUCAAUUUUGUUUAUGGAACGGCUUUACCAGUUUACUAG